ACAUUUUAUUUAAUGCACAUAUUUCAUAUAUACAACUAUAGCUGAAUUAAAAUGAGUUAUCUUUUAUAACCUCAAGGUUUUUCUAUUAGUUAGUCUCAUUUACAGGUUAUGCAAACACAAGACAGAAUUAUUGUGGGCACAGUUUUGGAUUAGAUGCCAGCCUGUGAUACUGAUGCCCACUCUGUUACAUCACAUUGAGCAACAUUCUAGAAUACUCCAGUGGAAGAGCCAACCUUCCUAAUAUACAAAACCAGCCUGAAAAAUGAUGAAACCCACAUAAACGUUUGGUUUGUUUAAUUAUCUCUUAAUUGUCUCCUGCAGGAAAUUAAGAUCCCGGUGAUGGCAAUAUUAAACAGACUUAAGCUGGAUCCUACACAUAAGAACAUAGUUGCUGAAAGUGUUGCACAACCAGGAUGCUGUUAUUAAGCCUGUUAUUACAGAGGUUGAAUCCCAGUUCAUUAUCUAAAGAUAAUCCUGCAAACAGACUUUGGCCUCACAGUUUAAACGUUUUUAUUUUAAGUUAACAGAAGUUCUCUCUAUUCUGUGGAGGCUGGGAGGGGCUAACCCUCACAGUUUGGAAGCACAUAUCUUAAUAACCAUUGUCAGGAGAGUUGGAAGUUUGGAUUUUGUCCCACUUGAGAUGGAAUGACCUCUCUGUUGGCCAAUAAGACAUGGUAUAAUUGAAGACUGGGAUUUGAUGGAAAAGUUUAUGGAGCAGGUCAUAUUUAAAUAUCUACGCGCUGAACCAGAGGACCAUUUUUUUCUAAUGACAGAGCCUCCUAUGAACCCUCCAGAGCACAGAGAAUACCUGGCAGAAAUCAUGUUUGAAUCGUUUAAUGUACCAGGCAUGUACAUUGCUGUGCAGGCCGUUUUGGCUUUAGCAGCGUCCUGGACUUCAAGGCAAGUUGGUUCGCGGACACUUACAGGAGUUGUCAUAGACAGUGGGGAUGGUGUCACUCACGCAAUUCCAGUGGCUGAAGGUUAUGUCAUUGGGAGCUGCAUAAAGCACAUCCCCAUUGCAGGCAGAGAUAUCACGUAUUUUAUUCAGCAGCUCCUGAGAGAGCGGGAGAUAGGAAUUCCUCCUGAACAAUCAUUAGAAACAGCAAAGACAAUCAAGGAAAGAUAUUCCUACAUCUGCCCAGAUAUCGUUAAAGAGUUUUCAAAAUAUGACGCAGAUCCUGAUAAAUGGAUCAAGAAAUACAAAGGUAUUAAUGCUAUCAACAAAAAGGAAUUUCUUAUAGAUGUUGGCUAUGAGAGGUUCCUUGGGCCUGAGAUCUUCUUUCAUCCAGAGUUUGCCAACCCUGAUUUUGUGCAGCCCAUUUCAGACGUAGUGGAUGAAGUAAUACAGUAUUGCCCCAUAGAUGUCAGGCGGCCAUUGUACAAGAAUAUCGUCCUUUCAGGAGGAUCCACAAUGUUCAGGGACUUUGGACGACGUUUACAGAGGGAUCUGAAGAGAGUAGUAGAUGCAAGGUUAAAACUUAGUGCAGAGUUAAGCGGUGGCAGGAUAAAGCCCAAACCAAUUGAAGUUCAAGUGAUAACACAUCACAUGCAGCGCUAUGCAGUUUGGUUUGGAGGAUCCAUGCUGGCUUCAACACCUGAGUUUUUCCAAGUGUGCCACACUAAGAAGGAUUAUGAAGAAUACGGUCCCAGUAUCUGUCGCCACAACGCUGUUUUUGGAGUCAUGUCAUAAUGUUUGCCUUUCAGCAUUUAAACACCAUAGGAUAAAUAGCACAGACAGAGAGAUAUUUACUGCUGCAGGAGCUUGGCAUGCUGGUGUAGGAGCUGGGUAAGCUCCUACUGCAGUCAGAGCCUUUUCAAGUGAAACCAUUAUGUGCUGACUGUUUUCCAGGAGCUCUUUAACGUCCUUUGUAACCAACAGAGCAUAUUUUGUGAAAAGGUUCAUUCACUAUUCAAAUAUUUGAGCUUUGAAUGAGGAAGAAAUAAAAUAAAGGUGUCUGCAAAAAAACAAUCAAAUGAAAUAAAGCAGGGAGUGCUUUAAUAUUGUAUAUACAGUAUAUACAGAGAGUAUAAUCCUUAACAUGCACACAGAUUUGUGUUUAUAUUUCAUAGCAUUUUAUAUUGCAGAACGACUGACAGAAUGAUCAGAAUUGGAAAGCUGCUUCAGUGGUGCGGUGGUGUUUUGAAACCAAAAAAGUGUCUAGUUUAAGUCCUGAAGCAUGUGAAUAUUUAAUAGGUUUUAACUUAUCUUUCAAGUGAUUUAGUUUACUCCAUGCGUUGCAGACUGUUAUUAUAAAAUGCUAUUUUUCAGAAACGUGUGUGUGUGUGUGUGUGUGUGUGUGUGUGUGUGUAUAUAUAUAUAUAUAUAUAUAU